AUGGUCAGGCUGUCGAGCAUCGUGUCUACACUGGCCGCUGCCGGCGCCAUCGGCGUAGCCUCCCUCGGUGCUGUGCAUGCAUUGCCCGGCGCCGUGUCGAGCACCGCACCGCUGCGUAUCGACGAGCUGCUCGAGGCGCGAGAAAGCGCUAAUGCGAGCGACUUUCUCUCGACGCUGUCGACGGGCCAGCGCCACGUGUUCGACGUGUCGCUCAACAUGCUCGACGCCAACUUUCAGCCGCCGUACAUCUUUGGCUCUUCGCGCUACACCGCUUACUAUGCCGUGGCGCUUCUGGCUCGCAACGCGCCCGGAGAUGUGGCGCUGGCCAAGCACCUCAUCCACAACGCCAUUGCUGCGCAGUGGACCAAUGCCUCCGACAUCUGGUACGGCGCCUUCCUCGACCCCAACCAGCCUGCCCCCGGUGCGCUCAACGCGCCCAAGAUCUACGGCUCGUACGAUGCCAACUCCAACCUGUUUGUGGCGACCGCAUUCAUGCUCGCCCUCGACGAGUUUGGCCACUUGCUCGACGCCGACACCAAGGCUGCUGUGAUCGAGUCGGGCUACCGAGCCGUGGUCGGCGAUACCUACCGUGUGUUCGGUGUGGAUAGCGACAACCUCACGCCUGCCUACUCGAACCCGUGGCUGAUGCGCUGCAUGACCAUGUCGUACUACGGCCACCUCAAGGGUGACGCCAACAUGACGUCGCAUGCAGAGCACUACGCCGGCGAAUUCUACAGCCUCUUUGACAUGUACGACACGCUGCCCGAGUUCAACUCGGCCACCUACACGGGUGUCUCGCUCUGGGCUCUAAGUCUGGCCGGCUACCUGCCUUCCAACACCACCAUGGCCAAGAGAGCGGGUGAAACGAUCGCCAAGAUCUGGGACAAGACCGCACAGCUUUGGCAGCCCGAUCUGCAGAGCCUGGGUGGAUCGUGGGACCGCACGUAUGGAUUUGGUCUUUCGGACUAUGUCAGCCUCAUCGGAUUCUACGUUGGUGCGUUCAACGAUGGAAGCGCCAAGAGCUGGCCGGUACCGUGGAAGCUUUCUGGAUCUCCGCAUGUCUCCGAUGCGGCAUUUGCACCGCUCAUGGCGAUCACGAGUCGAUUCCACGACCCGCACGUUUCGAAGCAGGCGCGCGAGCUGCUCAAGCCCUGCACCGACGACUCCAAGGUGGGCAGGCUGGUUCGGUCCAAUGCGUGGUCGCCACCGUUCGAUGCGGAUGUGCACCAGUACGGUCCGCGCAACUACACCGCCUGGAUCGGACGCAACGUUUCCGCGGGCGGCACCGAGAUCGACGAGGCCACCAUCGGGGGGCCAGCCAAGAAUCCGACUGCCUUUACCCCAGCCGUGCUGCUCUGGUCCACGCCCGACACGCACGGCCUGCACUAUGCACAGCCAAAGACAUCCUGGCUUUCGCUCUACCCAACCACCCAGACCAUCUCGGCCACGGCGUCCGAGUCGAACAUCACCAUCCGCUUCCCGCCCUCGCGCGCCUUCGGCGCCAACUACACCGCCCCGUCCCAGAUGACGCUGAUGAUCGGCACGUCGCCGCUCAACAACCUGCCUUCCGACCUGCUGCUGCACUCGAAUGCGACGGGCGCCGUGCCCGGCAUCCAGCUCGAGCUGAGCGGCAACGUGGCUGCAGGCUCGGUCAACCGCUCCCUCACCUACGACUCGUCCAAGAACGUCAACGGCUUCUACUACUACAACCUCACGUUUGCGCUGGGCUCGCUGCCCAAGACGCAAGUGCCCGAGCUUGUCAUCGCGUACAAGAUUGCUUAG